GGACGGCUGUGUGAAAAACCAACGAGAGAGAGGUAGGACCCAGCCCAAAACGAGGAGCCAUUAGACUGCCAGAUACAGAUCUUCCCUUCCACCCCCUAAGAAAAAUAAAAAUGCUAAGCAGCCACCAGUAUGUGUGGCUCCCAAUGCUUCUUGACCAAUCUCUCACGCUGCCGUAUGCUAUUAACCAGAGGCUCUCAAAAUUUACACUUUAAAAAAUUUAUAUAUGUAUAUCAAGCCGUCAUCAAAUUAACACAUUAUUUCUCACAAAUUCCAGAAGCGGGGGAACUCAGAAGAGCAGCUAGGUAGCAGCUCUGUUUGCGCCGUUGUUCUGGAUCCAGCCCCUGACGAUGGCAGCGUCGGUUUCGACAACAGGGUUUACGGGAGGGUUGUGUUCUGCCUUCCACGGCAGCUGGGGAUCCGCCAUUAAGGGCGAAGAUUACGCCAUGCUAGCCCAAUCGGUGCCGAAGGUGGUUCGAGUGGGAAAGCGGCCGCCGCCGGGGCGGCUACUGCAACCGAUGAUGAAGAACGUGAAUGAGGGGAAGGGUGUGUUCGCUCCGGUGGUCGUCCUCACUCGCAACGUCAUCGGCAGGAAGCGCUUUAAUCAGAUCAGGGGCAAGGCCAUUGCCUUGCACUCUCAGGUGAUCACUGAAUUCUGCAAAUCGAUAGGAGCAGAUGCGAAACAGAGGCAAGGACUGAUUCGGCUGGCGAAGAAGAACGGGGAGAGACUCGGAUUUCUUGCCUGACUCUGUUUAUUAGGUUCGAAUAGUACUUAUUCCAGAUAUGCAACAGCUAUGAUGUAAUUGCCACUUCCAUAUAUGUAGUUUUUCAUUCUCAGUUUAUUUAUAUAUGUAAUAUUCUCAUGACAUUCGGUAGGACAGCGGCACCAAAGCUCCUUUUUAGUCCUGUUAUUAACUUACUCAUCAUGAGACAAAAAAAAAUAAAUGAAUGCAUUCCCUCGCUUA